UUGUCAGUGUAUGAACGAGUUAAAACGGUUUCGUACAAUAUACAGUGGAGUCCAUACAUACGUUGCUUUCUUCUUGGAAACACUCCUUCUUGCGUGAAAUGGAAGAAGACGAUGAGCAGAGAACCCACGCCAAACUCUAUUCUAAUUCAAAUCUUCAAAGCUUCAAUGUACGACCACAGAUUUUGCAUAGAACAAAAUAAUGAAGGGAGGGAAUCAGUUUUCUAAUAACAAUGCUUUCCCUACUAAAUCCGCCGGCCCCGGCGAAGUCGAGCCGGCGAAAUUUUCCGUCGCGUGUUUCCGAAGACGGGCGCUAAGCAGGACUAACAUUCAUAUAUUGGCAUUAGACGGUCUCGUUAAUGUAAAUUCCCUUUUCACCCUCGCGCUCUUCCUCGGUCUUAAUUGGUACCCAACGUUCGAUCCCCUAACCACCCUCAUUGACGCUGCCGAUUCGGCUUGUGCUGCUGGUUCCGAUGUAACGGAGGGCCUCAUCACCUACCACGUGUAUUCCUUCAGCUCGUUCCUCUUCUCGAGCCUCAUCGCUUUGACCCUGAAACAGGCAAUUAAGAUUAGGGAAGGCAGUGGGCCUGGUGAUCUUGAGGGUUUCCACCUAGGGCACGUGAACCAGGUGGCUUUGAGAUUGGGGAUGAUGGUUUCGGCUGUUGGGUCGGUUUCCGGAUGUGGGUUUUUGAUGCUGGCUUUGGUGGAUUUGGUUCAGAUCAAAUUUGGGACUUUGGCUUGUGGGAGUGUCUAUACGUUUGCUGCGGUUGUUCCUCUGGUUAUUUUGGUUCCUUUGGCACUCAUCGUCUAUGUUGCUCUUGUGCUUCAUGCCUUCACUCGCUAAAAUAUAUCAAAAUAAUUGUUGUGAUUUCGAGCCGUAGCAAAUAUGACCUCGAAAGCUGAGUUCGCAUUAAAUGGUCUCGUGAGAGUUAGGGUAUGCUCUACGAUUGUAAAUCGGAGCCUGCAAAGUAUGGUACAGACCUCGAAUAGGGUGACCUCCGCCAAUGACGUGAAGCCUUGGAGAUACUCAAUGGCUACCUUGAAUAUCUACAAGUGUUGUAGAUAUGGGAUAUGAUCCUCAUUUAUUGAUGUAAAUCCCCAAAAAUCGUGGGAUAUUAUUUAGUCAGUUAUGCGUUUCCUGAUCUUUGGGGAACGUUUCCUUGUAUAUCUGAUUAUUGGCAUUUAAGGCCAUUUAUUUUUAUUCACAAAAGAGUAACUACCCAAAAUGUGUGGGAUAGUAUUCUGCAUCCUUCUCUAUAAAUAGAGAAGUGAUGCACCAUUGUAAAGGACCGAAUUUCUGAUUCUUGAGAGAAAACUCUGGAGAAUUCAUGCUAAAGGAUUGUUCAGAGAUAAUCUUGAGAUUAAUAACAGAGACUCGUGGACUAGGCAGAUUUAACUGCUGAACCACGUAAAAA